GGUGGAGCCGGUGAGCCACAGGUGAGCCACAGGUGACAGACGACAGUCGACAGUCAGGCAGACGGAAUGUCUGGCGCGGCAUGGAGUGGUAUGUCAAACGUUCAUCUGCCGCAUCGGCAUCGGCAUCGGUGCCAGGCAUCUGUCUCUGUUUGGCCAACGGCCCACCCGCAAGCGGCGACCGACUCGAUGACCCAGCUAAGAAAGCCCCCUCUGUGCCCCGCCCAUGGGCAAUCCAUGGGAGCAAUGCGGCUGAUUGGAGAUUUGUUUUCUAUUUGCAAUUGAUCGAUGCUCGCCUGCCAAGCGGCAACAACAGCCACAAAAAAAAAAAGGAAAAUGUUGGCAAAAAAGUUAACGCAAAAAUUGAGCUGGACGUUGUUGGAUGGUGUCCACGUCCGGUGGGUUCGUAAAUGGCAUACCGAACUUGGGAUCAGGCCGAUGGA